AUGGACCAGCAACUAUCCCCCGUGGUGCUCGCCACGGUUUCGGCAGGCAUCAUCCUCUAUGUUAUUUACAAAUUUCUCAAAAUUGGCAGCAGACCAGCAGAUUUACCACCCGGCCCUCCUACGAUACCAAUCCUAGGAAACAUUCACCAGAUCCCGGCCGAGCGACCUCAUCUUCAAUUUCAGAAAUGGGCCCAAGAAUACGGGCCGAUUUACUCGCUAAUGCUCGGAACCACGACCAUGAUUGUUCUUUCGUCGCCGAAGACGGUGAAAGAUCUCAUGCAGGACCGAAGUGCCAUAUACUCCUCCAGACCGGACAUGUACCUUGCACACGAUGUGGCUAGCAAUUGUCAACGAUUUGUCACUAUGAAAUAUGGACCGAUGUGGAGACUCGUUCACAAGAUGAUGCACAAUACGCUCAACAUCAAGACGGCCGUAGCCUAUGUCCCGUAUCAGGAUCUCGAGAACAAAAACAUGCUAUUAGGCCUGCUGGAGCGACCGGACGACUUUGUCCUGCACCUAAGACGGUACACCAGCUCGCUGACGACCCAAAUGGUUUACGGCUUCCGCACCAUUAGUACCGCAGAUCCGCGGAUGAUUCAAUUCUUUAGGGGCUUCGAGAGAUGGGGCAAGAUAGCUGGCAGUGCUAGCGCUCAGAUUAUGGACUGCUUUCCCAUCCUUCGCAGAAUCCCGGCCCCGUUUAAUCCAGAGUAUAGAAAUGCAGCAGAACUGUACCAAGAGGAGCGCAAGCUGUACGUUGGCCAUUGGAAUGAUGUCAAGGAAAGAAUUUUGCGCGGGACCUGUUUGCCGUGUUUUAGCGUCGACGUCUUCCUCGCCCAAGAGAAAGAACAUUUCACUGACGAACAGGCUGCGUAUAUUUCUGGAUCGCUCCUUGAAGGAGGGUCUGACACUACUUCGGGAACACUAGUGGGUUUCAUUCAGGCGAUGUUGGUGUUUCCCGAGACCCAAAAAGCCGCACAAGAGGAGAUUGACAAAGUCGUGGGCUUCGAUCGUAUGCCGGAGAUGGAUGAUGCCCCUAACUGUCCAUAUAUUCGGUCAUGCGUGAAAGAAGCCAUUCGGUGGAUGCCAACUUUGAUCCUGGGGUCCCCUCACGGAUUGAUCCAGGAAGACCACUAUAUGGGUUAUAGAAUACCUAAGGGCGCUGCUAUCGUCAACAAUAACUGGACGAUUAACAUGGAUCCGGAACGCAACCCUAAUCCCCGAAAGUACGAUCCCAUGCGAUUCAUCAACGACUCUCAGAGCGAAUUCCAGUCUGCCACCAACUCCGACGAGAAUCAGCGCCAGAAUUGGAUCUUCGGAGCCGGCCGUCGUAUGUGUCAAGGGAUGCAUAUUGCCGAACGUUCGCUGUUUCUUGCCGCCGCCCGCAUCGUCUGGGCUUUCAACAUCGACAAGCCAAUCGGUCCGGACGGUCAGCCCAUUGUUCCGGACAUUGAAGACCUCGUGGGCGGAACCACGGUGCUACCCAGGGACUUCCGCAUCGAUAUGACUCCUCGCAGCUCCAAGAAGGCAGAGAUGAUUAGAGAGGCAUGGAAGCGUUGUGAAGAAGACCUUCUUGAUCCGGUCACCAAGCAGUGGAUGAAGAUACCCGAGGGGAUGAAGUUUGGCACCUAUGUUCCAAAGAAGGUGCAGGAAAUGACGGCAUGA